AUGGCGCCUUUGACCCCCUACAGCUACAUUCGGUGCCCCUGCUCCGAGACUCGUGCCAGCGACGAUGGCUCAUCCACGCCGGGCAGUCCAGAAGACGACGAGCGCACCUUCGACCCACGCGCGCCGCGCGCCAACUUCAGCCUGUAUCCGCUAGAGCAUCUUAUGUACUGCGAGGACUGUCAUCAGAUCAGGUGCCCCCGUUGUGUCAAUGAGGAGAUCGUGACCUACUACUGUCCAAACUGCUUGUUUGAGGUUCCCAGCAGUAACCUAAAAAGUGAAGGCAACAGAUGCACACGGAGUUGUUUCCAAUGUCCCGUCUGCAUCGGUCCCCUUUCGGUCACGAGCCUGGAUACACCGCCCGACACCAACAAUCUUCUCACCGCCGACAGCUCUGCCCCUCAAGGCGGCCCUUACGUUUUGACUUGCUCCUAUUGCAACUGGAACUCAACCGAAAUCGGCAUUAAGUUUGACAGGCCCAAUGGCAUCUUUGGGCAGUUGGCAAAGUUGCAGAACGGCGGCAAGCCCAAGUUGACCCCCAAGGAGCAUAAGGAGAGGAAGAAGGAGAGCGGAGGGGAAUACAAACUAAAUCCCAAGGACAUGGACACCGAGCUGCAAUUUGCGCAACUCAAAUCGUUCUACCAGACGCAGCUCGCAAACUCUAACCCCUCGGCAGGCGGGCUAUCGUCCCUUGGCGACCUUGGUCUCUCCUCUCCUGGUUCCCUCUCACGGAUCAUGAGCCUCUACAGCGGGAAUAACUUCGGGCACAAACAGGCAAGGGGCAAGGUGCAGAUUAUGCGGGAGGCUAUCAGCACGGACGAGGGCCUGAAGACGACCGACUUAGACGAGUCGUCAGCCAUUGCGAAGCUACGCCAGACGACGUUCGACGAGACAACCACUCUCGCACAGAACUCUCACCAACAGGAAUGUGUGCGGUUUAGGGAUGAGCUGCGGCCGAUCCCCUAUUUGCUGCGAACCAAGCGAUCUAAGCGAUGUCCUGUCUGCAGACAUAUCAUCAGCAAGCCGGAAGCAAAGAUAUCCAAUACACGCUUCCGCAUUCGUUUGGUAGCUGGUAGCUACAUUCCAACCAUCACAAUCAGGCCGCUCAGUUCCGAGUCACAGAACAUUCCUUCGACAGCCCGACCACCGAUACCGCAGGAACUUUGGCUCGCCCCUCUCAAGCCUGUCCAAUAUCUCUUGACGUUCAAGAACCCUAUCUUCGAGACGGUCAAGGUGUCCCUGGCCACUCCCUCCAGCACGCCUGGCCGGUUUGCGAGCACCGUGACGGUGUUUUGCCCGCAAUUCGAGAUUGAUGCCAAUACGGACAUGUGGGACGACGCACUCAAGGACGAUACUGAAAAGGAGCGCCGUAGGGGCGAGGAAGGCGCGCUGCAGCAGGCCGAGGUAGGCAAGAUCUAUGACCGUGGCCGCAACUGGGUCAGCAUCGUGCUGGAGGUUGUGCCGGCGUCUUUAAAGCUAGAAACGGGGGACAAGAACAGCGAAGACGACCAUGGGACGCUACGAGAAGACGAGGACGUGUUGGAGAUACCCAUGUUUGUGCGCAUCGAGUGGGACACUGAAGCACAGGGCGAUGUUGGUACGACACACGGCAGGGACAAGGAGGCUAGGGAGAAGAGGGAGUUGGCAUACUGGUGUGUUCUUGGAGUCGGACGCAUCAGUCAGGAUUAG